AGACCCUGUUAAAGAAGAAAUCAAGCCUGGGCAUGCAUUGGAAUCACCUGGAAGCAUGAAAACAGCUUGCCAGGCCUACCCCCAGAGUAUGAUUCCGUGGAUCUGGGAUGCAGCCUGAGAAUUUGCAUGUCUAACAAAUUCCCGCUGAGGCUGCUGGUCUAGGGACCACACUUGGAGACCACUGUCCAGAUACUGCUAUUCAAAGUGUGGUCCCCAGACUGGCAACAUGGGGUCACCUGGGAGCUUAUUAGAAAUGCAAAAUAUUGAACUCCGCCCCAGACCUUCUGAAUCAGAGCCUGCAGUUUAACAAGAUCUGCAGGUGAUUCCUAUGCACACUAAAGGUUGAGAAGGCACUGCUUCCCAAACUCGGCAGUCAAGGGAAUCGCUUGGUUUAAAAUUUAGAUUCCUGGGCUCCCUGUCUGGUGACUUGGAUUUAGAAGGUUUGGGAGAUCCCAGAAAUUACUACAAUUAAGCCCGGUUGAGUGAGUGUUAUGGUUAGGCCAGCAUGGGAACUCCUGCUCAUUUUCCUCAGUCCUGUGUUCCUUGGACAAGACCAUGCCACAAAGCCAGAGAAAAACCUUUUGCUCCAGGAUCAUGACAAGGCAGCAGCUGCUCCCCUAGAAACAGGAACUCGGGGAAGGUGGCUCCUCCAUGGUCUGUGAUGCCGUCAGAGGAAACGGGUGGUUGUGAGAACCACAGAGUCUGCAGUCGGAGCUAGAGCUCCAAGGACCCCACGCCUGUGUCUCUGUGACAGAGCUCAGAGGGCCCUGGGCUUUCCUUCCCUGGCUCCGCUGUGCUUGGGAGGGUUCCCCAAUCCAGAAUCCCUCAGGAGCAUGGGGCAGCUGAUCUAUCCCUGCUGUACAAACUGCUGACUGCAGACGGAUGCUGAGCUACCCAAACCGACACCUAGCCUCUCCCUGAAGAUCCUCCCAGGCUGAGAGUUCUGGGUGUCCUAGGACCAAGGACACUGGCAGACUUCCAGAAGGCCCCCAAAGCCCUAACCUGUCCAGCCAGAGCAUGCGUCUCAGCAGAGCCGUCUUCCCAAGCCUUUGAUGACAAACCAAUGAGGAAAGGAGGCACAGAGAGGGGAAGUGGCUCAACAGUCAGUCCCCCGAAGCCUUGCAAGUCAUCACUGCAUCAUACAACCCCUGAUUUCCGUCGAUGAUGUGCUUCUGAGUGCUCUGCUGAGGAACAAUGGGAAGUCUGCCCAGCAGAAGAAAAUCCCUGCCAAGCCCAAGCUUGAGUCCCUCUGUCCAAGGCCAGGGACCUGUGACCACGGAAGCAGAAAGAAGCAAGGCCACAGCCGUGGCCCUGGGCAGUUUCCCAGCAGGUGGCCCAGCCGAGCUGUCGCUGAGACUGGGGGAGCCACUGACCAUCGUCUCUGAGGAUGGAGACUGGUGGACGGUGCUGUCUGAAGUCUCAGGCAGAGAAUACAACAUCCCCAGCGUCCACGUGGCCAAAGUCUCCCAUGGGUGGCUGUAUGAGGGCCUAAGCAGGGAGAAAGCUGAGGAACUGCUAUUGUUACCUGGGAACCCUGGAGGGGCCUUCCUCAUCCGGGAGAGCCAGACCAGGAGAGGCUCUUACUCCCUGUCAGUCCGUCUCAGCCGCCCUGCAUCCUGGGACCGAAUCAGACACUACAGGAUCCAGCGCCUUGACAAUGGCUGGCUGUACAUCUCACCGCGCCUCACCUUCCCCUCACUCCAGGCCCUGGUGGACCAUUACUCUGAGCUGGCGGAUGACAUCUGCUGCCUCCUCAAGGAGCCCUGUGUCCUGCAGAGGGCUGGCCCGCUCCCUAGCAAGGAUAUACCCCUACCUGUGACUGUACAGAGGACACCACUCAACUGGAAAGAGCUGGACAGCUCCCUCCUGUUUUCUGAAGUUCCCACAGGGGAGGAGUCUCUUCUCAGUGAGGGUCUCCGGGAGUCCCUCAGCUCCUACAUCAGCCUGAAUGAGGAGGCUGUCUCUUUGGAUGAUGCCUAGGCCCAAAAGAGAGGCCAAAAGGGAAACCAAGAUUGCACACCUAGAACCCCAAUUCAGCCCAGCCACCUGAGCACCCCAGAGGCAAGGCUGUGCACUCAGUGAGGGAGGGCUGGGACACAGAGGUGCAUCCAAGGUUCCACCUGUACCCUUGCUCUUUCCUCUCUUGGCCCUAAGUCGUCACCUACCUCCUCCCAGUGCCAUGACCCCACCUGCGACCUCUAGUCCAAAUGCAGAGAAGUUGGGACCAGGGCCAGGGUUCCAAAAAGAAAGUAAGCCUCCUGCGGGUCUGACCUAGUCAGUUCUUGAGUUUGUUUCCAGUACCAUCUGGAUGCCCUGCCUGCUGAGCCCCGUUCUACAUCCCCCAUUAACCAGGCCCCGCCCACAAGGUAGAAACAACCCCUAGCUUCUGUGAGAAAAUCAUUUUCGGGAAAUUGACAAGUCUCGUUGAGACCACCACCGUACCUCAGAAGAUAGGACUGUGGCCUAGAAGGGAAAGGAAAACUGAGGAGAUGAUGUCUUACCAUAGCAGCAGAUCAUAGGUGCUCCAGCCUCUACAUGAUCUCCAGAGCAAUGAGAAAGACUUCUGACAGUCUAAGUCCUCAAAUGUCCCCCAUUGAGGACAACAGCCCCAGCUCUUUUUUUCUGAAACGGAGUCUUGCUCUGUUGCCCAGGCUGGAGUGCAAUGGCACGAUCUCAGCUCACUGCAACCUCCGUCUCCUGGAUUCAAACAAUUCUCCUGCCUCAGCCUCCAGAAUAGCUGGGAUUACAGGUGCAUACCACCAUGCCUGGCUAAUUUUUUUGUAUUUUUAAUAGAGAUGGGGUUUCACCAUGUUGUCCAGGCUGGUUUCGAACUCCUGACCUCAGGUGAUCCACCCGCCUCGGCCUCUCAAAGUGCUGGGAUUACAGGUGUAAGCGACCGCACCCAGCCUAGCUUUCAGAUCUCUAUUUCAUUUUGUGGCUUACCAUUCCCUAGCACACUGGCCUUGCCAUCUUGUGGCCAAAUACAAAAUAACACCUCUUAAGUCUAGCACACUGCAGUGAGGCCAGGCACCUCAGUGCUGGGCAGGGGCAUCAGAAGGUGCUAAGCCCUCUCUCCACAAUGCCAAGACUGAGGCCACAGCCUACACCAAAUCCAGCGCUUAAUUUCCCUGCUGCCCUCAUAAAGAGAAAGAGGUCUGCUGGAUCUGCUAAGGGAGCACGGAGAGGAAGAAAGAGGGAUGGGGUGGGAGGUACCACCUCGAGUGUUCCUACUGGGUUCCCAAGCUACAGGUGGGGUGGGAAAGGCUUUAUCAGGUAUCAUCAACAGGUUCUCAAUUAAAGAUUUGAUUUAUUCAAGUAUCUGAAAA